AUGGCUGAUAGAUAUUCGUUUUCUUUAACGACCUUUUCACCAAGCGGCAAAUUAGGUCAGAUUGACUACGCUCUUGCUGCGGUCAAGCAGGGUGUGACAUCGCUAGGGAUCAAGGCAACCAAUGGUGUGGUGAUAGCGACGGAGAAAAAGGCGAACACGACGUUGACGAUAAAAGACACGCUGGACAAGGUGUCGCAGAUAACGCCGGACAUUGGGGCGGUAUACUCUGGGAUGGGGCCAGACUUCCGCGUGUUGAUCAACAAGUCGCGGAAGACCGCAUACGGCAGUUACCGCAAGGCGUACGGAGAGUACCCGCCCACGAAGAUCCUGGUGUCGCAGAUCGCGAAGAUUAUGCAGGAGGCGACGCAGUCGGGAGGUGUGCGUCCAUUCGGUGUUUCGCUGCUGGUGGCGGGCUAUGACGAACACAAUGGGUUUGGCUUGUACCAAGUGGACCCAUCGGGCUCGUACUUCCCGUGGAAGGCUACUGCCAUUGGUAAAGGUGCGACUGCGGCAAAGACAUUUUUGGAGAAGAGGUGGAACGACGAGCUGGAGCUGGAAGACGCGAUCCACAUCGCCUUGCUGACAUUGAAAGAGUCUGUAGAAGGCGAAUUCAAUGGCGAGACCAUUGAAUUAGCCGUAGUGGGUGAGGAGAACGACGACAUGCUCGGCUACAAGGGCGAUGCCUCUGCCAAAGGGCCCCGGUUCAGGAAGUUCACUGCACAGGAGAUUAACGAUAGGUUGGACGCAUUGUAG